AUCAUGAAAACAAGCAGGAUGGGGCGAAUGCGGAUAUCCAGAAUAAACCCUUUUGAACUGUGUAUGUGCGCAUGAGACUGUUUUACGGGACUGAGUGAUGGUCCUGCUGGUCCAGUCUGCUUUGGGUGGUCCGAUUUUGGUUCGUCUCAGACCAUCGGGCUGAUGGCUGAAACAAAGAUAUCGAGCGAACUACGGAGUGGCGAAUGUUGGCAGCAAGCAUGUGAAUUAUUUGUUGCAUGAGCGGAUAUGAUGCUAUUCAUCGAUCUGAACAAGCGUUUCUAUAAUAUCAAAAAGGAAAAGGAAAAGGCAUGAACUUCAGUACAAAUAUUCAUCUUCAUAUGUAGGCAAUAAGCUAACUUUUGCUGUAGGGUACAAUGAGAGGUGACAUUGGAGCUCACAUGCUUGAAAUUGGUAUUCUAUCUACGCAGCAUGGGUGGCAAAUAUCGAGCACAGCUCUGGAAAAGCUAAAGCUCGCAAGACAACCUAACGCUAUGAAAAGUAUGAGGCAGCGCUCAGAUGCAGAGGAAUUGGCGACCACGACUCAGACCUUGGCAGAUAGGCGCAGUGUCGCAGGCAGACUAGCCUCAUCCGCUAUUCUAGUAUUCGUUUUGUUGAGUGGUUGGUGGUUGGUGGUGUUGUGGAUUGGAGCUGUCAGAAUGUGCGUCCAUCCUCGCCGCUCGCACUCUUAAACCCACGCCCGCAGAAAGCGA